AUGACUGUGGUGUCCCAGGAGAACCAAGAACAGUCGGUGGCGGUGACUCCUCAGCUUCAGGAUGCCGUUGACUUGGAGGCGGCGGACCAGGAGUGCAGCGAGAGGGUGGUCAUUAAUAUCUCAGGGCUGCGCUUUGAGACGCAGCUGAAGACCCUCUCCCGCUUUCCCAAGACACUUUUGGGGGACCCACGCAAAAGGAUGCGCUUCUUUGACCCACUGAGGAACGAAUACUUCUUCGACAGGAACCGGCCGAGCUUCGAUGCCAUCCUCUACUACUACCAGUCAGGAGGGAGGCUGAGGAGGCCGGUGAGCGUACCAGUGGACAUUUUCCUGGAGGAAAUCAAAUUCUAUGAACUGGAGGACGACACCAUCGACCUUUAUCGUGAGGACGAGGGUUUAUUAAAAGAGGAGGACCGCUCUUUGCCUAACAAUGAAUUCCAGAAACAACUAUGGCUGCUGUUCGAGUAUCCAGAAAGUUCUGGGCCAGCACGGAGUAUUGCCAUCGUGUCAGUGAUGGUUAUCUUGAUCUCCAUCAUCAUAUUCUGCUUGGAGACGUUGCCUGAAUUCAAAGACACCCCUCCGCGUCCAGACGUGAACGGGAGUUCUCCGGGAAAAACCGUCAGCCCGUUCACCGAUCCGUUCUUUUUGUUGGAGACACUUUGCAUCGUGUGGUUCUCUUUUGAGUUCAUGAUGCGGUUCUUGUCUUGUCCAAGUAAGGCAGCUUUCUUUAAAAACAUCAUGAAUCUGAUCGAUGUGGUGGCCAUCGCUCCAUAUUUCAUCACCCUCAGUUUGGACUUGGCGGAGCACCAAGGCAGCAGCCAGCAGGCGGCUUCUCUGGCGAUACUGAGGGUCAUCCGUCUGGUCAGGGUCUUCAGGAUUUUCAAACUCUCCAGACACUCCAAGGGGCUCCAGAUUCUGGGACAGACGCUCCACGCCAGCCUCAGGGAGCUGGGGCUGCUGAUAUUCUUCCUUGUGAUUGGAGUGGUUUUAUUCUCCAGCUCGGUUUAUUUCGCCGAAGCCGAGGAUCCUGAGUCAAAGUUCACAAGUAUACCCGACGCCUUUUGGUGGGCUGUUGUCACCAUGACGACGGUCGGUUACGGAGACAUGUGUCCAUCGACCAUCGGUGGGAAAUUUGUCGGAUCUUUGUGCGCAAUUGCUGGAGUGCUAACGAUUGCUUUACCCGUGCCAGUCAUAGUCUCCAACUUCAACUACUUCUACCACCGAGAGAAUGAAGAGGAGGAAAAUGUUCAUUAUGUACACGUGACUUGUGGUCAGCCUGAGUCUCAAUCCUCAUUCAGUGAAUGUGAGUCGAACAAAAGCACUCAGUCGCUCUCCAAAACUGAUUCAUAUCAGGAGCACAAUGAUGACUUGGAAACAUUGACAUGUGCCAACAUAAACCCACCAGAGACCUACACAGGGAAACUAACAGAUGUGUGA